UUUAUUUAUUUUGUUUGGGGAGAGAGAAAAGGGAGGGGAGAGAGCAAGUUCUAAGAGAGAUAAAGGGGGCCUCUUGUAGAUUUUGCUCGCAAAGCCAAAACCAAAGCUCCCUCGCUCUGAUUUACAGACAAAAUCCAAAGGACUAGUUAACAGCCUAUAGACAAAGAGAAGGAGAUAAAAAAAAAUUAAACGAAGAAACUGGAGAACGCCAAGAACUGAAACAGCAAAUCAAAGGAACAAGUGAAAAAAAGAAAAGAAAAAGAGUGUGAUAGUAUAUUAAUUGUUUGGCAAAAAGAGAUUCAUUUGAAUUCUUUUUUUCCUUGCCAAUCUUCUCCUUAUCCAAUCAAUAAAUUCGUUAAUCUUGACUGCGUUUAUUUCGGGGUGAAAAUACAACUCUUGGUUGUUACAGUGAUUUGAAAAUUUCCAUUGUUAUUUUGGGAAUUUUUCCCGUCUGAAAUCGGGAGGGGGACAAAAGAGUCAUGUUGAAGGACUGGUGCUGCGAGUCCUGUGUAGUGUUUGCAAGCUCUUGUCAACAAGGAAGAAAGUGGGCUUACAUGUACGAUGGGAAGCGCCCGCUGGAAUUCACUGAUUCAGAUGGUUGUCGGGAAACCAAGUUGUCUAAGCUCUCUUCUGAUGAUUCUUCCAGUGACGACAGUAAUAAUCCCGACACUUCUUCUUCACAAGAUUCAGGUGACCUUGUCUUGCUGGAUUCGCCUGACCAAUUGGAUGAUGGUAGUAAGAGAUCCGAUUCUUCCUCAGAUAUGGAUUCUUCACUUAUCCACCACUGUCCCAUUGGUCUAGGCAAACCGGAUUUGGAUAGCCAAUCAGACAAUGACAGCCUGUCAGAUUCCGUGGUGGAGUUGCUGGAGGAGCAGUCUGAGGAUGUUCACGAGAAUAAUGAUGAUAAUGGCUUCUCUUAUUCUCUAGAGGAAGGUGGUCACCGCAUACAUGUUGGGGGAUCUUCAUCUGACUUGGAUGCAUUAGUUCAACCAAUUGGGCAGGAUAAUGAUGAUAACGGCUUCUUUAAUUCUCCAGAGAAGGAUGGUCACAGCAGACAUGCUGGGGAUUCUCCAUCUGACUCAGAUGCAUUAAUCCAAUCAAUAGGGCGAGAUAACUCCAUCAGUUGUCUGAUUAAGUGCUCGAGGUCUGAUUAUGGUUCCAUUGCCAUGUUGAAUCGGAGUUUUUGUUCCUUGAUCAGGAGUGGAGAGAUCUAUAAGUUGAGGAGGCAGAACGGUGUUGUUGAGCAUUGGGUUUACUUUUCUUGUCACCUCCUUCAAUGGGAGGCAUUUGAUCCUAUUAGACGUAGGUGGAUGCAUUUGCCAAGGAUGCCUCCCAAUGAAUGUUUUACUUUUUCAGACAAGGAAUCAUUGGCCGUGGGAACUGAGUUGCUUGUUUUCGGGAAGGAGGUAACUUCUCAGGUUAUAUAUAGAUAUAGUAUUUUAACAAAUUCAUGGACUUCUGGGACCAGUAUGAAUGCUCCGAGGUGCUUGUUUGGAUCAGCUAGUCUUGGAGAGAUUGCAAUUUUAGCUGGUGGUUGUGAUUCUCAGGGUAAUAUCCUGAGCUCUGCAGAAAUGUACAAUUCUGAGACUCAGAAAUGGGAGACUUUGCCAAGCAUGUAUAAGCCAAGGAAGAUGUGUAGUGGGGUAUUUAUGGAUAAGAAAUUUUAUGUGAUCGGAGGAAUCGGUGGAGUUGGGAAUGAUCUACGGGUUCUCACUUGUGGUGAGGAGUAUGAUUUAGAGACAAAAAAGUGGACUGAAAUUCCUAACAUGUCUCCUGGAAGGAACGGAGAUGCGGCUGAGAUGCCUGCAGCACCUGUGGCACCCCCUCUGGUUGCAGUAGUUAAUAAUGAACUGUAUGCUGCUGAUCAUGCCGACAUGGAGGUAAGGAAGUAUGAUAAGGAAGCAAACUCAUGGUUGACUAUUGGAAGAUUGCCUGAAAGGGCAGUUUCAAUGAAUGGUUGGGGUCUUGCUUUCAGAGCAUGUGGAGAUCGCCUUAUAGUGAUUGGUGGACCUAGGGCUUUGGGUGAAGGUUUUAUUGAACUCAAUUCUUGGGUUCCGAGCGAAGGCCCUCCACAAUGGUAUUUGCUUGCCAGAAAACAGUUGGGUAACUUUGUGUAUAAUUGUGCUGUGAUGGGAUGCUGAGAGAUGGAUUUUGGUGGCAUCUUGUGCAGUUGAACUAUGUUGCACUGCCACCAGGGUUUGCAUGGUUGUUUUUUCCUUCAACACAAAACUUCAAAUUUUACUAGUGGUAAUUUCCCCUUCUUUCGUUUUUACAUCUUUUCCCUUUCGGAUGGGAGAUGAUGGGGAAGAGUUUCAGAUAACUCAAGAUUCAACUGAACGUUUUAUUGAUAGGAUGUCUUGAGUUCAUAUUUCCUUUGCUUCACCUCAUUCAAACUUUCUUCCAUUAAAUUUGUGUCUUCCCCCGUUUUCAGUGACACGAGAACUUGCAAAGGCUGGCUUCAUGUAGCACAGGAAUAGGUUUAAUAAUUUGAAGUACCAACACAUUGGUAGGUUUCCAUUAGAGCUUGCUGAAGUUUUUUUAAGAACACAAAACCAGUCAUAUGAGUUUCUUCUUCCUUAAUUUUCUUGGAAUUGUCUUGUGGGAGGAAAUAAGUUCAGGAGGUGGUUAUCUUUGAUGUUGGCUGAUGUACUGAUUACAUCGAUCAUUACAAUUGAUGAACUAUAUACUCCCAGAAUUUUUCUUAU